AUGCCGGGCAGCCCAGAGAACAUCCCCCUGGGAGAGUGCACCCUCUCCCAGUCCAGGGACCAGCUGACGCCGCCGAGCCGCACUGACAGCACCGUCUUCACCCUGUCCCGCAGCGAGUCCCUCUGGACCACAGAGAACUCUCGCAGCAAGUGUGAGGUCUUCUGGUUUCCCAUCCACCUCAUGUCCACCGGGGGCAGCUUCCUGGCGUGCGGGAUCAUCAUCAGCGGCCUGUACUUCGCCGGCCACUGCAAGAAGGUCACCAACAUCCUGGGACCGGCCCUGGUGUCCAUUGGGCUGAUGGUUUUAGUGGUGGGCGUGGUCCUCAUCCCCAUCACCAAGGAGAACAGGAAGAGGUCAAAUAUGAAGAAGCCCCUCAGUUACUACAGGCCUCCGAUGUUCAAUCUGUGA